UGACAACUUUUCUUGAAUAUUAGUCACAAAAUUUUAAAAAGGAAAAUUAAUAUUUUAUUGAAAGCUACAUUUAUUUUAUGAUUCUUUUUGAUUUGAAAAGUAUUAAUUUGAAAAGAGAUAUUCAAAUCAAGUGUGAAAACAAAGAAACAACAAAACAAGAAAUUAGGCGUUGAUGCAAACAUGAGACUGUGUUGAUUUGGUUUAGCAGCAGAUAAUUUUUAACAUUGAAAAUGUUUUCAUUAAUUCUUUCCUUUGCUAUUUUACUUCCUUAUUGUAUUUGUAACGACAUCACAAAUCAAGUCUUUGGAAAAAGUAUAGAAGGUAUAAUAGCUGCUUUUGGGGAUUUUAAUUCUGAUGAACUUACUGAUGUAUUCAUUUUGAAAAACAAUGCCAAAACUGUGGAAAUAUUGCUAGGCCAUGAUACAGAACCACUCCUGAGAGCUGGUUAUAAUUGUACAUUUGAAAACCGUGAAAUAACCAGUGUAAUACCGGGAGAUUUCGAUGGUGAUGCUUUGAUGGAUGUAAUGGUCACGCUUAAGUCGGCAAGAAAAGAUUCCCUCGAUGUUUUGGUGAAUUGGGGUGGAACUGAUCACCUAAACUGCACUUCAGAAAUUUUGUUAAAUACCAUAGGAGAACCAUUGGUAAUAGAUUUCAAUGGAGAUAUGAUAUUAGAUUUGUACGGAGAAAAUGACAAAGGUGAACGCUGUUUCUGGGUGUUUUCGGAUGAUAGACAAAAACCACAAAUGAUCAUUCAAACAGAUCCCAAUACCAAGAAUUUCAAAAAUUCUAGUUUAACAAAUAGAACCCCUUCAUUAGCUAGACUUCAAAUUCCACAUGCAAAUGCGUUCUUAGACCUAAAUAAGGAUUAUAUGGCUGAUCUGUUUGUACAAACUGUAGAUCAUUUUGAAAUAUGGACAGGACGCACCAAUGAAUUGGAAGAUUUUGACUACCAUAAAAAGAUUGAGUUGAAACUUGUUGGAAAUGAUGAUUAUAUUUUAGGGCAGUCACUGUUUUUGGAUAUGGAACUAAAAGGAGACCAAAACUUGGUACUACCUGUAUGUUUUGAUAAAAUGUGUAAAAAUUCUACUAUAUUAGUGUAUGAAAAUGACCACUUCUGGGAUUUACAUGUGAACUUUAAAGAUACACAAGGAAAUAUUUGGGGAUUUAUUCCAAGAAGCGACGAUAAUCCUUAUUCAAAAGUUAUUACUGCGAGAAGUGGAGAUUUUAAUAUGGACGGUUAUCCUGACCUGCUAGUUACUUUACAGACAUUAUCAAAUGAAAAAAGAUUUCAAACAUUUUUACUAGAAAAUGUUCAUUGCAAGGUCUGCAACAAACCUUUAAAAAGGACUUUUGAAAUACAAUGGUAUGCAAUACCUUUAGGAAAUAAUACCAUUGCUGGAACAUUUUACGAUUUUUACCAGGAUGGCGUCUUAGAUGUUAUUUUGAUUGAAAAGAAAGGACACACAUACCGACCCUUAGCAUUUAGAAAUACGUUGGACUAUGAUGCCAAUUUCGUUAAAGUUAUAGUUCUCACCGGGUUAAUGAACAAAAAUAAUUCUACAGCUAUCACACCUUUAGGAAGGAAAAAACGAACAUAUGGUACUAAUCUACCAGGUCCUAGAAUAGAAUAUUACACUAUUACUCAAGAAGGUGAUAAUCAGCACGGUGCAAGCUCUCAAUUACCUCAAUCAGCAUAUUUUGCUCUUCAACUUCCAUAUACUAUAUUCGGUUUAGGAAGAACACCAAAUUUCGUUGAUUCAUUAACUGUAGGAUUAAAUAAUAAUUCCCGAACUUGGACACAGCUAAUUCCUAAUUCACAAAUGAUUGUUAUUCCAAGACCAAUACGAGAUCCUGGUCAAUGGAAAGCGCAGUUAUUUGUUACACCAAGCAAAUUAAUUUUAAUGAGUGUUGUAGCCUUAGGUGGCACUUGCUUAGUGAUUAUGAUCAUUAUAUUAGGAUUAUAUAUCAAAGAAAAACGUGAAGACAAGAAAGAAAAAUUAAUGGAAGCAAAUCGAUUCCAUUUCGAUGCUAUGUGAAUUAGUUCAAAUUUGAUGGUAUUUAAAAUUCACGACAUUUUUCCUUUUUUAUUUUAAUUUAAAUGUGAUUUUAUUUUUAUUAUAAUAUUUAAUAUUAUCAUAUAACUUUAGUUUUAAUAAAAAUAAAUGUUAAAAAAACUUAU